GUAGUUCAAAUGAACCAAUAAUAUUUACUUGACAAAAUUUUGGUUUAUUUUUGCAAAAUGUUUCCAAAGGCUUUACUGGCCAGACGGUUAAUAUUCAGCGCUUCAAAGAAUUUUGCAAGCAAUUUAAAUGCUAACGUUAAACCCCUGGAAAAUGUCAAAGCUGAAUUACACCUAACCAACACUUGCGUAGAGAGGUUAAAGAAAGUUGCCCAAAAGGAAGCACACUUUUUAAGAAUUACAGUUGAGGGUGGAGGGUGUUCAGGAUUUCAGUAUAAGUUUGAUUUGGAUAAUAAUAUGUACAAAGAUGACAAGGUAUUUGAAAAAGAUGGAGCCAAAGUUGUUAUUGAUGAAACAUCUCUAGAAUAUGUUAAAGGAUCCACAGUAGAUUAUCAAGAAGAAUUAAUUAGAUCUUCGUUUAAAAUAGUUAAUAACCCCUUAGCUGAACAAGGUUGCUCUUGUGGUGCUUCAUUUGCAAUUCGACUAGAUUAAAAACGGAAUUAUGUAACAUAGUUUAUUUAAAUUAUUUGUAAAUAUUGUAUAAAUUUCCAACAAUAAAAGUUUUUAUCUCAA